AGAAAGAACAAAGUAAUGUCAGAGUGUGUCUGUUGUUGCUGCUCAGUGGAGCUGAUGAUGGAGCUGCAGGAGGUUCCAGGGUCACUUUAGUAACUAACUGAUUUGAACCGUUAAAGUGGUCGUCCUCCUGCCGUCAGUGAGUUCAGAUCAGAUUCACAGUUUGAUUAUCACAGUCAGUAAACGGAUGAUUUGUGUGUGAAGCGACAGCUGCUGCUUUGUUUUCACUGUUUAAUCUCCUAAAUGUCUCUGAAAUGAGGAGGUUUACUGAGACGACUGAGACAAACGUUUGUGUCAGCAUUCAGACGGAAGUGAACGAUGGAGACGCCAUUUGAGACGUGAGAGGAGGAGUCAGUGCAGCUGGACAGACAUGUUUGACAGUGUGGACGGCAGGGGGACAGGACAUGUUUGACAGUGUGGACAACAGUGUGGACAGCAGGGGGACGGACAUGUUUUAUCUGUCAAGACUUUAGUUACCACACACACAAGCCACAAUCUAAACGUUUCCAGACUGUUUUAAUAACGCUUGUUACUCAGCAGCUCACAGCUUUUAGGCAGGAUGUGAACAUUAAUGGCGUCCUGGCUGAGUUGUAACGUUAGUUAGUACAGUUAGUUGGAGAUUUGUUGAUGUUUCUGAGUGAGCAGGAGUUUAUUUUAAAAUAGCCUGCCUAUAAUCUAAGCCUGUUUUCAUUUCUGUGUCUGUGCUUCAAGUCAGUCGUAUUAUUGAUGAUGAGGGUUUUCACUCCUGAUACACACAGUCAGAGUUAACUGAUUCAGAGUUGAACUAAUUCUAAUCAUCUGUUUGGUUUGUUCAUCAGCUUUUAAGUGGAGUCACUGCUGUGCCUGCACUGUCAGCCUCAUGUGCGGCUCCUCUGGCUGAAUCGUCUCUUGUGGGCUAACAGCAGAGUGUCAGUAUGGCUGAAGCACCUGAUGUGCAGCCUGUGAAGCGCAGCAGCAGCUUUGAAUUCCUACCACCAACCUUCUCUGAGCUGCGGGUUGUUCUGCUGGGGAACAGCUGGUCUCAGAGGAGCUCAGUGAUUAACUUCAUACUGGGAGGGACUGUGGUCAACACUGAGGGAGAACUGGACUGCUGUCUGGCAGUGACAGGACACUUAGAGGAUAAAAAAAUUGUUCUCAUCAACACCCCAGAUCUGCUGCAUCCCAACAUCUCUGAGAACAAACUGACAGAACAUGUGAAAAAUUGUGUGAGACUCUGUGAUCCUGGACCUCAUGUGUUCCUGCUGGUUCUCCAGCCUGAGGACUUCACUGAGGAACACAAACUGAAGCUCUGCAGAGUCCUUCAGCGCUUCAGUGAUCGAUCAUUUGAUCAUUCACUGGUUCUGAUGUCAACACCCAGAGAGGAGAGUCCAGGUUUCAUGGAAGAAUAUCAUCAGCGUCCACCCCUCAAAGACCUGAUCAGAAGAUGUCAGUACAGGUUCUUGUGGCAGAAGAUUAUUGAACUUCCAGAGCUGUUAACACGCUUGGAUCAAAUUGUGAAAGAGAACAACGGAGAACAUCUGAGCCCUCGUGGAUCAAUAUAGGUCUUGAUGGAUUUAUCAUGCAAUCUGUUCUUAAUGGUUCAAAAUCCUUCAGAUGUCUCUGCAGUUUGUCAAAUGUUGAUCUGAGGUGAACACACACCUUCUGUCCUUGUGUUCUGGUCAGAUUGUCCAACAUGGUGAUUAUUACAUACUUUACUUCAUACAUGGUUUGUGUUUGAUUUAAACAUUUAACAGGAUCUUCAGCUUUGUCUUUAACCAUCAGAGCUGCAGAAAACAACAAACACAGAUCUCCUCCUGUUCUGUUGUUUCUUCUUUAGCUCAGUUAGCUUGUAGAUGAUGUCAGCGUCCUGCAGUCACUGCAGUGAUGGAAGAAGUACUCAUAUGUGUAAAAAUACUCUGUACUACUCCACCAUAUGUCAGAUUAUAAAAAGCCAUUACUGAUAUGUUAACAAGAUUUUAAUGUCACAGCAUCUUUUUCAGAUGUUUCAUGUAAUUGAAAGGGUUCAAAUAUGCAUAAUUAUUGUUGUUGAAUAAUUAGAUUUAUUCUUUUUGUUAUUAUUAUUAUUAUUCACUUUUAUUCCAUGUUCAUUUGAUCUUAAUCUUUAAUCACUUUUGCAAUCACUUACUCAUUAGUCAUUUAUUUUUUUCAUUUCAUUAUGAAUUAGUCAUUUACUGUAAUGGUUAUGAUUCAUUAUUUUCAUUCUAUGGUUGUGGCUACUUUUAUUUCAUCCACAUAUUCAUUUAGUUUUUGUCUUUGUAGUGGGUCUGAAAUAGCCACAUACAGUUUAUUAGGAUAACAGUCAUCCCCUCUUUUUCAUUUUAAUUUUUGAACCUUAAAUUACAUUUUUUUUAAACUGCUAAAACACUAAUUUCUGUUGUGUGAAUCAAUUGCUCAGUUGUCUUCCUUUUGCAAAUCUCUAAACACAUUCUCAUGCAAUAAAACACAGUUAUCAAUGUGAUGCAUAACGGUAACAACAAGUGGCAAAAUAUGAACACAAAUAAAACGUGUGUCAUUCAUUGAACACAGCAAU